UACUAUUAUUACUGUUUUUAAUUAUAUGAGAGAGACACACACAGUUGAACGUCGACUUGAACAAGAAGAAGAAGAAGAAGAAGAAGACGGAAACCAAAUAAUUCAAAACCACUUCAGUUUAAUGCUUAUUCCUUGCUUUGUAUAGGGAAAUUCAGACUCAGAAACAAGAGAAACAACCAAAAGAAAUAAGAAGAGACGCGUUCAAGUUGUUGGUGUUCUUCUUCUAUCUUCUUCAUCAUCAUCAUUAUCUUGGUGUUUUAUAUUAUUAUUAUUACUGUAGAAAGAUUGUAUUUUGAAAAUGUAAAUAUAGAUGGAAGGAAUAUUACAAGUCGUUAGUGCACAUUUUUCUCGCUUGCUUCCCCCACUUUUUCUUACUCUGCUUUCUUUCUUUUUUCGCUCUGCAAAAAAAACUCAGUCCCCUCUCUCUCUCUCAACCUCGUCUUUCUUCUUCGGAAAAGCCUAGUGACAGAAGUAGAUUUCUGCGGCGAAGACUGCAACACAGCAGUAAUAUUGACAUCUCUCUCACAACAGAUCGCCCUUUUCAGCUUUCUGUUUUUCUUUUGACCCCACCUUUCAUAUAAACCUACAUACUCUCUGAUACAUCCUUAGAUUUUGCUCAUCAUCAUCAUCAUCAUCAUCUUGUUCUCAGUCUUUCCUUUCAUAAAAAUUUUAUCCUUUUAUGAAUAUAUAAACCGUUAGGUGAGUCAUCCUUCAAGAUUACCAGUUGUGGCUACUACACGGAGACAAUUGCCUUCAGAUUCUGGCGCCUUUGCUGACUGGGCCUCUUCUUCCUCCUCCAUAAUACGUGCUGCUCCCGAUGACCUUUCUCUCGGCUUCAAUGCCGGUCCGACCGCCCCCCUUCCCGGUGCGGCUCCUGCUCACUCUACGCCUGGGUCUUGGCCAUCCUCUUCUUCUCGACCCAUCAACUGUGGCUUCCCUCACGAUAUGGGCAUGGGCAUGGUGGGUCUCCGUGACGUCUUUGUUGUGGCUCCAGCUUCGUCUUUCAAUCAACAUCACCACCACCAUGACUCCCUCAAUGUGGCAUCCGAUCCAAUCAACGGAGCUAAUGCCACCGCUCUCGGUGUAGGCGUUAUCCCUUUGCUCACCACUGGGCCUUGUUUAGCUCCCCCUCAAAGUCUGGAAGAUCAAGAUUUGUUGAAUAAUGGUCGUAAUAAAGUUAGCCAAAUUCAGUUUUGGCAGAAUCAGAACUCUCAUCCAUACCUCAAGAAAAGUUCAGAACCUACGUGUGAUGGCGCUGGUUUGGCUUCGAGUUCAGGAACUACGUGUCAAGACUGUGGAAACCAAGCCAAGAAAGACUGUAGCCAUAGAAGAUGUAGGACGUGUUGCAAAAGUCGUGGUUUUGAUUGCGCUACCCACGUGAAGAGCACAUGGGUUCCGGCGGCACGGCGACGGGAGCGGCAACUCAUGGUCACUGCUGGUGCCAUGGGCGGCGCUGGCUCUUCUGGGUCGACGUCUGGUAUCAAGAAGCCUAGGCUCAUAAACUCUCAGACUACAACUUCUCAUACCUCAACUUCUAAUACAACUCCACCAAGAAGCUUUGAUACUAGUUCUAGUCAUCAAGAUGCGAGUUUUAAAGAGACAUUACCGGGGCAAGUACGAGCACCGGCAGUGUUCAAGUGUGUUAGAGUGACGGCGGUGGAGGAUGGUGAGGAUGAGUAUGCAUAUCAGGCUGUGGUGAAGAUUGGUGGGCAUGUUUUCAAGGGGUUUCUGUAUGAUCAAGGAGCUGAUAAUACAAAAGAGGGCUUUCCCAACAUUUCUGAAUUGCAUUUAGGAAGCGCUGGAAGUAGUGGUGGUGUUGGGGGAGGAGGUGGGGGAAGAAAUGCGGGCUUUUCAUCUCCUACAAUUCUAGAUCCAUCCGAAGUUUAUGCAGGCGGGGGCGGCGUCUCACUUGGUGGUUUGGGCUAUGGCAAUCCAAUGAAUUGAAGUUCUAAGAAGGUGGAUGGAUGAGAUUUGAAAGGAAAACUUCAUAGUUUUAAUUCCUCUUCUCUGCCAACUAAUUAUUGAUAGGGUUUAGGUAAGUUAAUGUCCUUGUAGACCUCUAUCUUAUUAAGUCUCUCUUUAAAUUAUAUUUCGGCUAUUUGGUUAUAAUUUUCUUGUCCCUCAUUUCUAUUUGCCUUUGGUGGCAUUGAAUUCGGAUGAGAGGGAUCUGCAUUUGUCCAAAAAAACUACCUUUUCCCACUGUUAGAAAAUGUGUUUUUGUACCAAAAUUACAAAAUAUAGAGAAUAAAGGUGAAAAAUUCUGUGCUAGUAGAUGUACUGAUCAGUUCUUGAAAUUUUGUAAUGAUAAAUUCUGUAUGCUUUCUUCAA